GUCAGCACUUGAAGGCCUGGAUAAGGCAUUUGGCUAGAGAUCAUUUCAGCUUCUCCAGGGAUCUACAAUUGCACCAUGACUUUGGGCUUCCAGUUAUUGCGGGAAGCUCCCGCCCUUGUUCGCCGUUGAACCUUCAUACUGUCGCACCUUCAUCACUCUCUCACGGUUACUUCUUACACGCUUCAUCAGGAGACAAGUUCUCGGUGUUCCUGUAGCGUGAGGCAUCUGGCAGCUGCAGCUCUUGGAGCAUCCAUUGCGCUGCACGGACAGCACCCGGAGUGGUCCAUCAUGUCUCGGAAGGACAUUGAGGAGCUCCUUAAGCAGUUCAGGGAUGCCGGAAAGGAGGGCGGCGAGCGAGUGGCUCUGGACCGGCGGCUGUAUGCUCAGGCGCUUGAUGGGUUGGAGCGGCUGGAGCAGGCCCUGGACAACCGGCCCUCGCUGAUCAAGAAGCUCAACGAGAAGAUCAUCAAGCUGGAGUGUGAGCUGGAGAUCCUGCGCAACGAGACCCGCGUGAACGAGCUGGAGAAGAAGGUGCAGCGCUUGGAGGCGGAGUUGCAGCGCUCGUACGCCACAAAGAACUUCACGCUCAAGAACGGGCUGCUGGAGAUCGAGAAGGCAUACCGGGACUUCAUCAGCGGCUCGCCGGCCGUGCAGAGCCUGUGGGACGAGAUCACACUGCUGCUGGUGGAGGAUAAGGAGUCGCUGCCGCAGCACAUCCUGGCGCGGCGGCAGCUGCACGCGCCCCGCCUCACCGAGUCCACGGCGGGGGAUGCGGCCAGCGACGCGGCGCUGCCCCUGCCGCAAGGCUCCCCGCAGACGCCUUCCUCAGCGGGCCAGGGAGGUGACCCACGGGACACCUCCCUGGGCGGGGACCUCACCCCCAAUGUGUCGUACGUGCAGCAGCAGGUCGACAAAUUCAGGGACUAUACCUUCACCCCAGGUCACGGAGACCCGCACGACCCCUCCCACGGAACCCCCACCACCACCACCCAGCACCUGCCGUACUACCACCCCCACAGCACCUCGCGUGCCGGAGGCGCAGCAGCAGCAGCCGAUGCGCGACGCGGCGAGGCGGGCGCGGCUGAGGGCGAGCGACCCAUGGGUCAGGACGCCGUCAACCUGGCGGCGCUGCGGGAGCAGUACGACGACGGGAGACCUAUCGUACCACCACCCGCGGGGAUGCUGACGGCGGCGACGUCGCCGCUACGUCCGGUGUCAUUAUUCGGUGCUGGCAGCGAAGCCAAGCUCUCUGAAUCCUCCGCCGCCGAGGCCUCCUUCCAGCCUUCCACCUCCGCCGCUGCCGCUGACCCCGACGCCGCCGCGCUGGAGUCCUGCCGACAGGAGAUCACCGCCUCCCUGCAGCACCUGAGGGCCCUAUUCGGACAAUACGACUGGGCCCCCACGGCCCUACCCGGACAGCACCCGCAGCACCCGCACCCGCACAACCAACAACUCCAUCCACUGCCGACGGACAGUACGGCAGGGGAUGCGGCGGCAAGGGAUGCGGCUGCUUCUUCACCUGCUCCAGGAGGGGGGGUAGCUGGAGUGGGUGUGGGUGCGGGUGCGCGGUCUCCGGAUGCGGGCGCCUACCGCAGCAUGGCAGCCUCAUUGGAGGUAUCCGUGGAGCGGCUGAGGCAGUACUUCUCCAAAAUGCGCUGGGCCCCCUCAGGCUCCAACGGCGGCGGUGGCGGCGGCAGUGGUCGACCAGGCCAGAGCCCAGCCCCCAGCGGCGGCGGCGGCGGCCUUCCCCCGGACGCGCGGUAUUUCGACUCCCAGGCGGAGGCCAUCCUGGCGUCCGUACAGCGGCUGAGAUCGCAGUUCCAAGACGCCGCCGACGCAGCGGCGGUGGCGGCGGCGCCGUCCGCAUCCAGUGGCGGCGGCGGCGGGGAUGCUGAGGGCGACAAGGCCGCUGCUCAAAUACCCGAUGCGCGCUACUUUGAGACGCAGGCCGAUGCCAUCACCGCGUCAUUGGACGAGCUGGUGCGAUUGUACGAACGCUCGUACGGCAGCGGUAGCGGCGGCGACAUGUUUCUGGCGUCAGGGCUGCGUCAGGGCGCAUGGCCUGCAAGCGGCGGCGCUGCCGCUGGGGGGACCAAUGCAGCUGGUGUUGCCAGGGUUCCUGAUGCCCGAUCGGGUGAUGGUGCGGGUGCGGAGGGCGGUGCAGCUGCUCCGUCGGUAGCACCCCUGGUGGAGCUCUUCUCCUCCUUCCUGGCGCACCUGCAGGCCACCACCACCGCCGCCAGCACCGGCGGGGUUCAGGGGCUCCUGGGCAGCGGCGGGGCGCAUCCGGGUGACACGUCAGCGGGGUUGGCUGAGGCUAGCGGCGGUGGUAGAGAACAUGCAGCGGAGCAGCAGCAAUAUGAUGAGCUGGUUAGGCGCUUUGCGCAGUACGCGCGAACAUGGUCUGCGUCUGGGCACUCGUUACCGUUACGCCAUGCAGGCAGCGGCGUCACAGCGGCGACGGAUACGACUGGCGGGAUACAACCUGAUGCCGCCGCGGCAGCGCCGGCGCCGCCGCUGGUUCGAUUCCACUUGUCGGUCAACGUCGCGAACGAUGGCGACGACGCCGGUGACGGCGUCUCCACACGGCUCUCUCCGGAGCCCACAAUGGAGCACGGAACACCUCAACCCUCAUCCGAUGCCGGCCUGUCCUUCUCCACCUUCCAGCAGCCGGCCUCUCAGCAGCACCUGCCGCCGCCGCCAACACCCUCCGCCUUCGCCGCCGCCUUCUCAACCGCCGCAGACGCCGCAGCAGCGAAUCACCAGCACCUGCCCACCACCACCUCGGCAUCCUCCGCACUUGCACUCACACCUCCGCAAUCCAGCACUGCUACCUCCUCUGCCCCACCCUCCGUACCCUCCAUACCUUCCCUCCCCUCCUCCUCCACGCCCAUCGAGGUCCUCAUUAGCUCCCUUGAAGCCCGUCACGGACGCCGGCUGGCUGCCAGCCCAGAUGCCGUGGCGGUAUGGCGGGACAUGCUCAGGCUGCUGGGGUUGGAUCCGGACGCUCGGCCGCUGCCGCCGCCGGGAUGUACGGCAACGUCUCCGGGACCGGAGGCAGCUGAACCGUCGCCGGAGAGCCGAUCUGCGUCGCGAGCGGGGUCGAGGAGGAGCACUGCGACACGGAGAAGUCGCCGCGGAGGUGGUGAUGGUGGUGGUGGUAUGGAGAAGGCGGGGGCAGAGGGUGAUGAAAGUGCCGCCGGCACUCCCGCUAUGAUGACGCCCGUGGCGUCCACGUCGCAGCUGACGUCAGCCCCCAACGGUGGCGGCACUGCUACCGCUGCUGCUGCUACGGCUGCUGGCGAAGAAGCGGAUGGAGGGCGGUACGAGGGCGCGCCGCAUGCGACGGCGAGUGCGGUUGUAAGCGGUGUUGAGGAGGAUGCGGCGGAGGCGAGCAGCAGGGAGAAGGUUGACGUCGUGCAUGCAAGGGAGCCGGGGGAGGCCUCCGCCGCCGUUGCUCCGUCGCCGGUACCGGAGGAGGUCGGAAGCCAAGCAACAACAACAACAUCAGGGAGUGGUCGUCAAGGGUCGCAUGCCGCAGCAUCCCCAUCGCCGUCCUCAUCGGCAAUGGAAGCAGCGGCGGCUGCUGACGCCGCCAGGUACGGCGAAGAGGGCUCCGAGGAGCAUGCGGCGGAUCGAGGCCAGGGGCCCGCGUCAUUGACUUCAGCGGCAGCGGAGGCAGCAACAGCGGCGGAGGCAGCAACAGCGACGGAGGUAACUCAUGACGACGGCGCCGUCGGGGCCUCUGGGAGUGCUGCAGCUGCGGAGCAGGGGACGCGGGGGGAGCAGUCGCCCGGUCCCUCCGGUCGCGAUGCGGAAGGGGGGCCUCACUUGCCCCCCGGAGGCAACGGCACCGCCCGCGAGGGGAGUGAGGGCGCGAGCGUUAGCGGCGAGAGCUUUGACUCCGCGGCAGAGGUGGGCUCGUCUGAGGCGGGCGAUACGGCGACCGAUGAGGAGGGGGAGGAGGACGCAGCGAAAGCGACAGCAGCAGCAGCCAACGGCAAUGACGGUGGGCCCGGCUUGGUUGCUGGUGGGGUGCGCUUCCAAGUCACUCUUGCGGAGAUAUCACCCGCCGGGGCAAUGGGCUCGCCGUCGCCCUCUCCGCAACGUGCCGCCGUACAACAGGAUCCGCAGCAGCAGCAGCAGGGGGCGGUGCAGGCACCUCCCGAGGCGGCUCAGCUGCAUCAGGUUCGCUCCGAGCUGGCCUCCACGCAGGAGCUGGUGCUACACCUCAACCGGCAACUCAAGCGGGCGCUGGAGGGGCGGGAAGACAUGGCAGCGAGGGCUGAGCGGCUAGGCAGCGAGCUGGCUGCCGUACAGGCCUCCGCCGAGGCCUCCCGGCUGGAGGGCAACAUCCUGCUGCGGGAGCUGGUGGACGCCAAGGUGCAGCUGGCGGAGGUGCAGAUGGAGUACAUGCAAGUGUACGGUGCCCUCAAGCGGGCGCUGGGCAACGAGAAGGACAUGAUGUCCCGCAUCGACGAACUGGAGCGCGUGUUGGCGGUGGUCAGCCCUGGCGAUGUGUCGUGCGACGAGGAGUACGGAAGCACUGUCGGCAAGCUGUCGUCGGGAGGCCUGGCGGAGGCAGUUGCGGCGGCGGAGGCUAUACCUGGGUCGCCGGCAGCUGGGUCCGGGCGGCAGGGGU